GGCCAAACAGCAGUUCUGUGGAAGCUUCUCAUUUUAACUGCCUUCUUGGGAACUUGUUCCUUUCUCAUUUACCUCUGGAGAACCAUCCUCGCUAUAAAGCCUCGACAAUAUGAAGUUACUUUAGACCAAAUUAAGAUGAAGAUUAAUGACCUUAAAAACGAAAACAGACAUCUUGAAAAAAACAUAGCGAGUUGGGAGGAGAAGGCCAGGGAUGCAAAGAAGCAAGCAGAAACAAAGAGCGAACAUAAGCGUUCCCUUGCUGGAGUACGUAUAUUAAAAAAAGGAAAACAUUCCUGGAAGACCAGUGUAAUGCCCUGAGUUCUCAGAAAACAGCUAAAGAAGCAGAAUUGAACCUGCUAAAGAAGAAAUUGGAUAUGAUGGUGGAGUUCUCUGAAAACCGAAAACUGACUGUAGAAGAGAAGCUAGAAGAGACACUGUAUGAAUUGAAUGCAACUAAGAAUAAGCUGUUAGCUGCCGAUAAAUAUCUGAAAGUAACUGAAGAAGAAAUGGAGAAGUACAGACAAGAAGUGGAAGAAAUGCAAGAAGAGCUGCAGGAGUUUAACCUCACCUUCAACCACAAGAUCGCAGUUCAAGAGAGGAAUGCUCUGGCUAACUGGGUUCGUAGAGGUGUGAGAGAGUUCCCUCAUUGCCCAGGGCUCCUCCGUAUGCCCUACCACAUGGGGUGGAAUGUACCAGACUUCCCUCAUCCUCAUCCACCUCCACAGUGGUGGACAUGUGGGCCUCAGCCACACCUUGUUCCUCCACCACAUGGCCUUCAGUCCCAAUCAGAAGCCUGUGGAGCUCAAGGGGACAAUAGCAGCACCGUGCCCGAGAAGGUCCCAGAGAAGAACCAAAUCAUCACCUUCUGGUUGUGUCAGUGGAGAAAAGGCAGAGUUUGUGUUCAGAUACAGAUGCUGAAGCAUCCUCCACAAGGACCAGCGGUGCUGCCCACAGGCCUCUUGUGGCAUGACAGAGUGAAGGCUGCUAAAGACAUGGUAACUUUCUUCUGGUUGUUCUGUAUUUAGAAUUGAUGGACCUUGUCUUCCAAUCAUACUGAGAGGGUUGUAGGUUCCUUGUGGUGGCAGAGAGCUGCCCUUCUCCGAAAGCUGGGCACAUCAGGUGUCACACGCACAUGGUAUGGAGACAAUGUUUUGUGCUCUGGGAGGGAUGAGGCCUUAAUGUGAGGAAUUGAGGGUGUGUGUCUGAGAGAAUGGAGGGACACACUGAUGACAGGACAUAGACCGUGUGUUCUGUAUAAGGGAAGAACUAGAGAUGUAUCCAGAAAGAAGGGAGGGAGCCCCGAGUCACACAGAAACAGGAGGUUGUGGAUGCCGAGAAGGCUGGAGGUGCUCAGGGAGAGGCUGGGCUUCUCUCAGGGAGGGUGAGGCCGUUCCUGGCUGCCAGCAGCCUGAGAGUGAGUGUGAGGACACCGUGCGGUCUACACCGACUGCUGCAUGUGUUCACUCACACAGUGUGGAUCAUGCCGUUAUUUGCCUCAGAAUGUCGUUUUUGCCAUGAAGCCAUUCACUCGUAGUCUGUGAAGAGCAUUGUUUCCCUGAAUUUCUAAAAAUUCUGAACCAUGUGAAAGAGUGUCGUGGAGAUUUGGGAAACUUAACUUGGUCUUUGGGGAUUCUUGUCUGGCUAAUUUUAAGUCCCGCAGUGAGAAAACAUGAAGACAAGACGGAGAACCAGAGAAGAGUGGCCGCCCUGGCCUCAGACCGAGUCAGACUGUUAGUCGGAGAGUCAGGGUUGGCCAGGAGCCGCCCUAGCUGGAGCCCUGUCACCAGGCCUCCGCAUCUGCAUCACCACCCUGCCUGCAGCUGUGCACUUCCGGGGACUUCAGUCUCAGUGUCCAGAUUUGCCUGUGUUCCUGAAUUCUCAGCCCAAAUACCAGCUCUCAAUGGGGCCUUCUCAGGGCCUCAGCUUUUAUUUUAAUCUGUCAUAGAGAGAACAUAUUGGAUUCUGAGGUCACUACAGCAAUAGGAGCAUAAAGAACCUGCAGGGGCUCCUGGGCGACUCAG